AUGCUGAUCCAGAUGGGUGUGAACUAUGAGUACCUACCGACCAAGACGCUGAAUGCUCGCGGCGACAACACGGUGUGGAUCAACGUGUGGAGGCAAGUCGAAGGACCACGCAACGGCCAUGGUUAUGGCGGACUCGACCGGCAAGAAGUACCCCUUGUUCAUGGUGUUGAAGACGCCUGCUUCCAAGAUCACGUGCAAGAAAACCUGACGCUUCGUCAAGGAUUCGGCAAACAACCGUGGAAGGACGUUGAGACCCUAUAG